GCCCGGUGACAUCGGUCGUUAACGCAUUAUCUCAUGAGAACACACCAUCCAACAUGGCCGAACUCACCUCCGCCGCCAUGACACUUUCUAACACAUGUCGUUUUUUUUUUUAUGCAGUGAACGAGAAAAGAAAAUAACAGACGAGUUCCGAUACUCAAUCACAACAGCAUUCCAUCUUUAAUUUUGGCAGUGAUAACAAAUCGACAAUUCCAGUCACCACUUUCGUUAUUUCGAUAAAGAAAAACAAUCAGUCGAUCUCGAAUCGCACUGCAACAUCGUUUUUUGUGGAUGGAACAUAUGAUACGUGAGAUGUGUGCACUCUCCAGCGGACAUUACUGUGAAAAUCCCAGAUAAUUGACAAACACCAUCAACUGCAGAUUCCUUUCAUUGCAUUCAUGACCCUCACUCAGCAAGGAGACAUCUUAAAUUGGAUAAUUCCUGUGAAUAGAUUGGACCCAGUGGGCCCGAGGCCCUCAGUAUCCCGAGAUGAGUUCCCAUCAUCAUCUGAAUGCAACCUCCGGCGAAGUUGUCCACAUAAAUGACCUGUCCGAGGACAUCGGGGCACUCUACCUCUCCGAUGAAUACUCAGAUGUGACACUUAUUGUAUCUGGACAACGUUUUAACGGUCAUCGAGUUAUUCUCGCUGCCAGGAGUCAGUAUUUUCGUGCACUGCUUUUUGGGGGAUUGAAGGAGAGUACGCAGGAGGAGAUUGAGCUCAAGGGUACAACGCUUCCGGCAUUCAAAGAGCUUCUCAAGUAUAUUUACACUGGACAUUUGUCGUUGACGAAUGAACGAGAGGAGACAAUUCUGGACAUUUUGGGCCUGGCCCAUCAGUACGGCUUCCUAGAGCUGGAGAUGGCCAUAUCGGAUUAUUUAAAAGAAAUAUUGAAUAUAAAGAAUGUGUGCCUGAUAUUCGAUGCAACUCGGCUGUAUCAACUGGAUCGAUUAACGAAGGUUUGCCACGAAUACAUGGACAAACAUGCCCUGGAAGUCAUUAAACACGAGAGUUUCCUCCAGUUGAGUGCAAAUGCUGUUAAGGAACUCGUGUCCAGAGAUUCUUUUUACGCCCCUGAGAUUGAUAUUUUUCUGGCUAUGCAGACGUGGGUCAAGGCGAAUCCCGAAGUGGAUAUGAACGAGGUAUUAGGUCAAGUAAGACUGAGUCUCCUAGCAAUAACUGAUCUUUUGAACGUGGUGCGUCCCACUGGCCUCGUAUCACCAGAAUCAAUUUUAGACGCCAUUGCUGCACGCACCCAGACCCGAGAUUCUGAGCUUAUUUAUCGAGGUCGUUUGCUCGUCGAUGAAAAUGUCGCACAUCCAAGAUAUGGAGCCCAAGUUCUCCAGGGUGAAAUGCGGAGUUAUCUGCUGGAUGGUGAUACCCACAAUUAUGACAUGGAACGAGGAUACACCAGGCACGUCAUAACUGAGUUACAUGACCAUGGGAUUCUCAUUAAAUUAGGAGCUCAGAGUAUUAUUAAUCAUGUGAAGAUGUUGCUGUGGGACAGGGACAUGAGGUCCUAUUCGUAUUAUAUAGAAGUCUCGAUUGAUCAAAAAGACUGGGUGAAAGUGGUUGACCACUCUGAUUACUUCUGUCGUAGCUGGCAGUACCUGUACUUCGAGCCACGAGUGGCUCUAUAUGUUCGUAUUGUUGGAACGAACAACACAGUCAACAAGGUUUUCCAUGUCGUGAGUUUCGAAGCUUAUUACACUAAUCACUCCGAAAAAUUAUCGAGAGGCUUCGUGAUGCCCUCCGAGAACGUCGCGACGAUGGACAGGAGUGCGAGUGUCAUCGAAGGUGUCAGCAGAUCCAGAAAUGCUCUUCUGAAUGGCGAUACAUCGAAUUACGAUUGGGACAGUGGUUACACGUGUCAUCAACUGGGCUCUGGCUCCAUUUUGGUGCAGCUUGGACAGCCCUACAUGAUUGAUUCCAUCAGACUGCUCCUGUGGGAUUGCGACGACCGUUCGUACUCGUACUACAUCGAGGUGUCAGGCAACUCCUGGAAUUGGGAGAGAGUCGUUGAUAAGACAAUCGAGGCCUGCAGAUCCUGGCAGACCCUUAAAUUCCAUCCACCGAGGCCAAUUGUGUUUAUUCGCAUCGUUGGUACUCAUAAUACUGCUAAUGAGGUGUUUCACUGUGUCCAUUUUGAGUGUCCAGCACGACUGGAGGCACCUGGAGAUGCAAAAUCACCGAGAAAAAAUAAACGACAGCCCCCAGUGUUGAAUGCCAAUAUUUUAAUACCACCAACUCCACCAGAAACAGCUACUGAGGCUGUCAAUAUCGAUCAGGAUGAUGGAAAUUCAACAGAUGAUUCAGCUGUUUCUGCUGGUAUACCCUGAAUCAAAUUUUCUCUCACUAGAAUUUUUUAUCUCAUGAGAAUUCGUUUUGCUACUGCACUCGAACCCGAAACUGGAAACUCGAACUCAAAAAUCGAACAACGAUAACAAUUUCUCUUACGUUUGAAACAAAAAAUUGGAAAAAUCGAGACUUGAAUUUAAGUUCUGCUGGAAAUUCUGAUAGUUCGGGAGAUAUUGGAGAGAAUAAAUAAUCAAUAGACUUGAUUGAAGGCUUUUAGAAACGGCAACUUGCAAGCUCUCCGGAGGAAUCGCAACAAAUGUUGAUACAAAGUAAAUAGUCAAUAUAUCUCUCCCUUUUCUCUCACAAACUCCUGAACUGUCUCAGCUAUUUGUUGUUUGCAAAAUUGAAGGCAAAAAUAUGGAAAAUUAAUUUCCAAUGAUUGUUUAUAUUUCCUGAACAUCAGGGAGUUUAAUAGCUCAUGAAUAGGAAGAGCGCUGAUUUUUAUUUCGUGCGUUAUUAGCACUUUGUGUAGUACAUAAUGAAAUUAUCACAAACUACUUUUAACUUACCUGGAGGAAUUUUUAAAAGUCUAUUUUUUUAUUCUUUGUAUCUACUUUGUUAUGAGUGUUCCCAUCCAAACAGUAUUUUUCCUGUAGACGAUUAUCCUCUCCAGGUGAUGUGGAUCAAUAAUAAUCGACUUAGAAGAUGAUGUAAAUAUCGAAAACACUCGAUUCCCUUAGUUUUACUCUUUGUAUCUAGUCAAAUCCCUGUUUGUUAAAAAAUAAUAUCGAUUUUCAAUGGAAGUCCUAAAUUUUAUGUAUACCAGAGAAAAUGGAAUAAAUUGUUUCUGUAGAA